AUUUCCGUCGGGCCCUGGCCGCCAUUUUCUCGCCGCUUGUGUGGCUCGCUGGCUGCGUGGCUCGGUUCUUGGGAGCGAAGCUUUGUCCGGUUCGGCAAUGGACGGAAUUGUCACUGAGGUUGCUGUUGGUGUGAAGAGAGGAUCUGACGAGCUACUCGCAGGCAGUGUUCUCAGUUCUCCCAACUCCAACAUGAGCGGCAUGGUGGUAACAGCCAACGGUAACGAUAGUAAGAAAUUUAAAGGAGAAGAUAAAAUGGAUGGGGCUCCCUCUCGUGUACUUCACAUUCGAAAGUUACCUGGUGAAGUGACUGAAACAGAAGUUAUUGCUUUAGGUUUACCUUUUGGUAAGGUGACUAACAUCCUUAUGCUGAAAGGAAAAAACCAGGCAUUUUUGGAACUGGCAACAGAGGAAGCAGCUAUUACUAUGGUUAAUUACUAUUCUGCUGUGACGCCUCAUCUUCGUAACCAGCCAAUUUACAUCCAGUACUCCAAUCACAAAGAACUAAAGACAGAUAAUACAUUAAACCAACGUGCUCAAGUAGUUCUUCAAGCUGUGACAGCUGUCCAGACAGCAAAUACACCUCUUAGUGGCACCACAGUCAGUGAGAGUGCGGUGACUCCAGCCCAGAGUCCAGUACUUAGAAUAAUUAUUGACAAUAUGUACUACCCUGUAACACUUGAUGUCCUUCACCAAAUAUUUUCUAAGUUUGGUGCUGUAUUGAAGAUAAUCACAUUUACAAAAAACAACCAGUUUCAGGCGUUGCUCCAGUAUGGUGACCCAGUAAAUGCUCAGCAAGCCAAGCUAGCCCUAGAUGGUCAAAAUAUUUAUAAUGCUUGCUGUACCCUAAGGAUUGAUUUUUCCAAACUUGUGAAUUUGAAUGUAAAAUACAACAAUGAUAAAAGUAGGGAUUAUACACGACCUGAUCUUCCAUCUGGAGACGGCCAGCCUGCAUUAGACCCAGCUAUUGCUGCAGCGUUUGCCAAGGAGACAUCCCUUUUAGGGCUUCCUGUUGCAGCUGUUCCAGGGGCUCUCAGUCCUUUGGCUAUUCCAAAUGCUGCUGCAGCAGCUGCUGCCGCUGCCGCCGGCCGAGUGGGCAUGCCUGGAGUCUCAGCUGGUGGCAAUACAGUCCUGUUGGUUAGCAAUUUAAAUGAAGAGAUGGUUACGCCCCAAAGUCUGUUUACCCUCUUCGGUGUUUAUGGAGAUGUGCAGCGCGUGAAGAUUUUGUACAAUAAGAAAGACAGUGCUCUGAUACAGAUGGCUGAUGGGAACCAGUCACAGCUCGCCAUGAAUCAUCUUAAUGGGCAGAAGAUGUAUGGAAAAAUUAUUCGUGUUACUCUCUCUAAGCAUCAGACUGUGCAACUACCUCGAGAGGGGCUUGAUGAUCAAGGGCUAACAAAAGAUUUUGGGAAUUCACCUCUGCAUCGUUUUAAAAAACCAGGAUCCAAAAACUUUCAGAACAUUUUCCCUCCUUCUGCUACUCUUCACCUGUCUAACAUCCCUCCUUCUGUAGCAGAAGAGGAUCUGCGAACUCUGUUUGCUAACACCGGGGGCACUGUGAAAGCAUUUAAGUUUUUUCAAAGAGAUCACAAAAUGGCUCUUCUUCAGAUGGCAACAGUGGAGGAAGCUAUCCAGGCUUUGAUUGAUCUUCAUAAUUAUAACCUUGGAGAAAACCAUCAUCUGAGAGUGUCUUUCUCCAAGUCAACCAUUUAAGGAUGGGAGAUGAAGAUGGCGGGCAGAUCCCAUUGUUUGGUGUCAUCACCUAUUGACUGUUCAGAAAAGUGGGGACCAGAGUUUGAUUUUUUUUUUCAUGCUGUUAUCAUUCCUAGGUUAUAAAAUGAAAUGGCAUAUGUAAAGGCAGAGUUGCUAACUGCUGUGUUUCAUCUGUUCAAUAGGGAAGCCAUUUUUGUCUGUUUAAAUUUUUAGUUUAAUUUUGCUUUUUUUUUUUU